AUGAAAAUAACUGCUUUCGUUCUCGCUGCCACUUGCAUCGUCGGCAUCACCGCCGUCGCCCCUCCCCUUCCUCCUCAAGACAUCCACAACCACACCCGAUUCAACGACACGAACUCCCCCCCCGGUCCUUCCCCCCGUCGUCACAAUGACACGCUUCGUGACGGCAACCACACGAAACCGACGGGCAACUCCACGUUCAUCCAUCACCCCCACGGUGAAAUCCCCCACCGCCCCCGAAACGGCGCCAAGAACGGCACCGGACCACUCGGCAACCAUUCGAACGACGUGCUCCCCCCUCGUCCCCAACACGGCGAUAAGCCCCCCCAAGACAAACUGCCCAACGGCACACGCGCCCCCCUCUCUACCCCUGCCACCACCAUCACCACCACAUCCUUAGAUGCGUCGGUGACUGGGGUGCAGACGGGCACCUCGGGCGGGGUCGGAAGCGUGACCAUGUCGUUGGUCGCACUCGUGAUCGUGGGAGUUAGCGCUUUCCUGGCCUAACAUUUGAAUGUAUACAAUAUUCGACA